AUGACUACUACAGCAUUAUUACUAUUAAUCAAAUUGACUGUUAUUCAAUUUGCCAACUCACAUCAUCUCAACAGCAACUGUGACUUCUAUGAAAAGAUAAAUAUUGGUCAGAAGACUGUCAUCUCGAAUCCAGCAUGGCCGAGCCCAUACAGCCCGGGCGGCACCUGUCGGUGGAUAUUCGACUGUCACACUGGCUACAUCUGCCGAUUGCGAUGCCGUGAAAUUGGCCUUCCAGCAACUCCGAAUUGUUACAUGGAUAAGCUGCUAGUAUCUGCCACUGGUAGUUCACAACUAAGGGAUGCCCGCGUCUAUUGCGGCCAAACAAAUAUCAACGUCAGGUCCAUUGAAACUAGACUAAGUAUAGCUUUGAUUACUAGCAGAUUCAGCCCAGGUGGAAGAUUCAGAUGCACUGUGAGAUCUGAACAGUGGGCGCAUCCGUGGUACCGAGCCAGAUGUGGGCCGUAUUGUGACCAAAGCUAUGUACACUGA